GAUGAUUGAUCUGUAUUUCUGUAAUAAAAUCAAUGUGCUAUUGUCCCAGAUUAUUGUACUGAAGCAUGAUUUUGCAUUUCUUACAGUCUAAAUAGAGACUAUUCGAGAUUAUCUCACUUUCAAAUGAGAUUCCACAUGUUUAAUCAUCAAAAUCAAACAUUUCCAGCUUGUAGAUAUACCAUUUCAAGCAAUCAACCCACCCACUAACUCCCUUUCACACCAUCCCACCGUCAAAAUGAACGAUACCCACUACCAAUUCGCACCUGGUGCACAACCAGCGCCCUACCAACUCCCAGGCCGUAUAAAUAUCCAAGCUGCUCCCCUUCCAGCCUAUCCUCUCUACUACCUAGGUCUCCCAGUCCCGCAAUUCGCAACUCUCACACAAGCCAACACCUGGACCAACCAUCCCAUCCUGCACCCCAGUUUCGGUCCUCACCCCCUCCCCGACGACCACCCCAGCGUUCCCUAUCCAGCCGAACCUGGCAUGCAAUGGCUCGGCUACAUUGCUCCUUCUCCCGGCCGUCAUAUCCCAAUAGAUAACCCCGCGCAUUAUAUAAAUCCAUACGAUAUUAACGGACCUCGUGGUUUUCCUCCACACAUACCUCCAGCACAUGGUCUGGCAUUUCUUCUUCCUAUUUCCCCUCAAAUCACCUACCAACAACCAGCUGGUCAUCUAGCUCCUGCGUUACGACCACCUCAUCCUCCUCCACAUGAUUCUCGCUUCGCACCUCCUGCUCCUAUUGGUUAUCUUGCUGGUGGUCUUCCAGGCCUUCAGAACAGCCUUCUAAAUACCAGCCAUGGUUUAAUCGGCGCUCCUAUUGCCAAUCCGAUGGCUAAUCUAGCUGUUAUUGGCUACUAUGACGAGAACCAUCUGGUAGCGCUGGAAAAUCAGCGAAUCUUGGGCCAGAUCUGUGUUUCGCAUCCAACAGAGACGAUGAACGAGUUCUGCGAGGAUACCAGAAGAGAAUUGGAGAGUUUGCGACCUGAUUUGGAGAUAGAGCGCGCUACUGGUGCUUCUUUGAGUAAUUUUGCUCCUAGCAGCUUCGAUAACAGUAGUACUGGUAGUGGUGGAAUGAGUGCUGGAGAAGAUAUAGAUGGUAGGGAUGAUGAGAAUACAGAUAUUGGUGUGAGUGACGAGGAAAUUCUUAGCGAUAGUGACAUGGAUUACGAAGGAUAAAGCCGUUUUGGCAGGUCUCUUUGUGCUUCGAGCACACUUAUAGGUACUUUAGAUCGUUUUUUAUACUUUUCAAAAAGAAGUCGGACUCCAGAAAGAGUUCA